AUGGAUCAUAAAAAGUUCUUCUCAAUGUUUGUGAAACUUGGAGUUUUCCUCGCUUUGGCUGCCAUUGCCAUCGCUUAUCCAACGAACUUCAACGAUAAUGAAAUUGACUUCAACGGGGAAUUGAACCAGUAUGUGCCGCUAGAGGAUGUGGUCGAAUACCAGCCGCUGUACCUUGUGCGCGCACGCCGCGAAAUCCAAUUUGAUCCGCACGUAAAUAAACAGGACGGCACCACCAACGCAGGCGGUUCCAUCACUCACCGGGGCGACAAUCAUGAAGUCACCGGUCACUGGAACAAGAAUGUUGCUGGACCCGGCAGAUCAAGGGCUAACUAUGGUGUUCGUGGCAGUUUCAAAUGGUAA